GGCGCCCGUGAGCGCCGCGGUCGGAGCCCGAGCCCGAGCCGCCGCGGAGACAGCGGGAGCCGGCGCGCGAGCGGCAGGUGCCUUGGGGACUACGAAGCCGAGCUGAGCCAAGAUGCCGCCGGGGCCCCUGAAAAGGGCCCAGUUUCUGGAGACUCAGAGUGGGCUGUGAAAAAGCCCUUGGGGAGCCCCCCUCCCAGGCAGGGAGGCUCUCGGCUCCUGUGAAGAAGGGGCUCAGGGGCCUGGGCAGGGCCAGCUGCACUGCAGCUAUGGACCGUGAGCUGGCCUGGCCCGCGUCCUUGCUGACCCUGCCUGUCUGCAGCCGUGCCCACCAUGGUCUCCUGGGUGUACAUCAUGGUGGAGCUGGCCAUUGCCGUGCUGGCCAUCCUGGGCAACGUGCUGGUGUGCUGGGCCGUGUGGCUGAACAGCAACCUGCAGAACGUCACCAACUACUUCGUGGUGUCCCUGGCGGCAGCCGACAUUGCUGUGGGAGUCCUCGCUAUCCCGUUCGCCAUCACCAUCAGCACAGGGUUCUGUGCGGCCUGCCACAACUGUCUCUUCUUCGCCUGCUUUGUCCUGGUCCUCACGCAGAGCUCCAUCUUCAGCCUCCUGGCCAUCGCCAUUGACCGCUACAUCGCCAUCCGCAUCCCACUCCGGUACAAUGGCUUGGUGACUGGCACAAGGGCCAAGGGCAUCAUUGCAGUCUGCUGGGUGCUGUCGUUUGCCAUCGGCUUGACUCCCAUGCUGGGCUGGAACAACUGCGGUCAGCCAGAGGGGGGCCAAAACCACUCACAGGGCUGUGGGGAGGGCCAGGUGGCCUGUCUCUUUGAGGAUGUGGUCCCCAUGAACUACAUGGUGUACUACAACUUCUUUGCCUGUGUCCUGGUGCCCCUGCUGCUCAUGCUGGGCGUCUACUUGCGGAUCUUCCUGGCGGCUCGGCGACAGCUGAAGCAGAUGGAGAGCCAGCCUCUGCCGGGGGAGCGGGCUCGGUCCACGCUGCAGAAGGAGGUCCAUGCUGCCAAGUCACUGGCCAUCAUUGUGGGGCUCUUUGCCCUCUGCUGGCUGCCCCUGCACAUCAUCAACUGCUUUACCUUCUUCUGCCCAGAGUGUAGCCAUGCCCCGCUCUGGCUCAUGUACCUGACCAUCAUCCUCUCCCACACCAAUUCUGUCGUGAACCCCUUCAUCUAUGCCUACCGCAUCCGUGAGUUCCGCCAGACCUUCCGCAAGAUCAUCCGCAGCCACAUCCUGAGGCGGCGGGAGCCCUUCAAGGCAGGGGGCACAAGUGCCCGGGCCUUGGCAGCUCAUGGCAGUGAUGGAGAGCAGAUCAGCCUCCGCCUCAAUGGCCAUCCUCCUGGGGUGUGGGCCAAUGGCAGUGCCCCUCAUCCUGAGCGGCGGCCCAAUGGCUACACCCUGGGGCUGGUGAGUGGAGGGAGUGCCCAUGAGUCCCAUGGGGACAUGAGCCUCCCAGAUGUGGAGCUCCUCAGCCAUGAGCACAAGGGAGCAUGCCCAGAGUCCCCUGGCCUCGAGGGUCCCCUGGCCCAGGAUGGAGCAGGAGUGUCCUGAUGAUCCACUGAAUUUGCCCCUUCCUGCAGGAAGGAAAUCUUUCUCUUUGGUGGAUAGAGCCAGUCACGUUGGGAAAAGAGUGAAUGUGCCUGGAGACCCUUUUCAUGGCCAGUUCCCACUUUGGACUGAGAGGAGGGGGCCCUGGCUGGAGCAGCAUGAGGCCGAGCAGGAAGGGUUUGGAGUCCGAGGAAGUGGACGUUUCACGAUGGGAGGCCCUACAUCAGGUCAAGGCCACGGCACCAGAGCAUCUUGGCUGGGCAGGGCCUGGUUCCCCACUCUGGUGGCAUCUAGAAGUACCACCUUGACUUGGCAGAACAGCUGUGGCAGAGCAGGCUGGCCGGCCCUGAGGCUGGGGGGCGGGGAGGGUGGCUCCAACAGGCCCCCUACCACACACACACAGACCACCCUCCCCAGACUUUCCAAGGGUUCAGGAGCUGCUGUGCCCAGAGGUGGCAUUUUUCUUUUUCUUUCUUUCUUUUUUUUUUUUUUCCAGGAGAAAAUGUUAAGUGUGAAGAAUACUUUUUUUUUUUUUUAAUUAUCUUCCUUCCCUGGUUGCUGGGUCUGUUGUCAGUCCUGCUGCUCACCCCGCUCCAGGGGUCAGCCCAGGGAGCCCCAGGCAGCCCUCUCUGGCUACCAUGAGCAGCCAUGCACUUCUUACACUAUCAGUCCCAGGGCCAUCUUUGGGGGCCACAAAGCUGGGCUCAAGGACGGGGAGUUGUAAUGGAGUGCUGCCUGACUGUGGGCUCAGGGGAGGAAGUGGGGACUGGCCCACCGUGCGGUGUGCCUGGGUAGCUCAGAGCUGCCCAGUCAGAGGCCCUAUCUAACUGCCUUUCCUUCUGAAGGGAAUGUUUUUUUCUGAGAUAAAAUAAAAAUGAGCCAUGUUGUGUUUUAAGCUUGUCCAA